AGCAAGAUAGAAACGGGUUUAUAUACCAGUUUCUAGCAGAAGAAGCUUUGAAAAGAGUAGAUAUGUUUCAGCCAAGCAUGUUUGAGAGUCAUCACCAUCACCAUCUUCUUGAUCAAAUGAGCCAUAAAACCCCAGAAAACAGUCUUGAUAUGCUUAGAGAUCAUGAUGACCAUGAUAGCAGAUCCGGGACCGAUAUCAUCGAACCUCCUUCUGGCGAUGAUCAAGAUCCGAAUCAACGUCCCAACAAAAAGAAACGUUACCACCGCCACACUCAACACCAAAUCCAAGAAAUGGAAGCGUUUUUCAAAGAUUGUCCCCAUCCAGAUGAUAAGCAAAGAAAGGAACUUGGCAGAAGAUUAUCCUUAGAGCCUUUGCAAGUCAAAUUUUGGUUUCAGAACAAACGAACUCAAGUGAAGGCUCAGCAUGAACGCUACGAUAACACAAACCUGAGAAAUGAAAAUGACAAGCUUCAGGCGGAGAAUAUGCGGUACAAGGAAGCCCUCGCCAACACCACCUGUCCCAACUGUGGUGGACCGGCUUCUAUUGGAGAAAUGUCUUUUGAUGAACAACAACUGAGGAUUGAAAAUGCUCGUCUACGCGAAGAAAUUGACAGGUUAUCUGGAAUUGCUGCCAAGUUUGUUGGCAAGUCAUCACUGAUUUACCCUGAUCUUUCACCUCAUGGACCAUCUCGUUCCCUCGACUUACCUACUAAUUUUAGUCCACAACACGGAAUGGUAGGAGAGAUGUUCGGAACAAGCGACCUUCUCAGAUCCAUGGCUGGCCCUACUGAGGCUGAGAAGCCUAUUAUUAUUGAGCUGGCUGUGGCAGCCAUGGAAGAACUAAUUAGAAUGGCUCAGGUUGGUGAACCCUUGUGGGUUCCAAUCUCAAAUAACUCAUCUCAAGAGACCUUAAGUGAAGAUGAGUACCAGCGGGCAUUUCCCAGAGGCAUUGGACCAAAACCAAUGGGAUUGAAAACUGAGGCUUCAAGGGAAUCCAUGGUUGUCAUCAUGAAUCAUAUGACUCUUGUGGAAAUUCUAAUGGACGUGAAUCAAUGGUCAAAUGUGUUCUGUGCCAUUGUUUCAAGAGCAACGACUCUGGAAGUGCUUUCAACUGGAGUGGCUGGUAACUACAAUGGAGCUCUGCAAGUGAUGACAGCUGAGUAUCAGGUUCCUUCACCACUGGUUCCAACUCGAGAAAACUAUUUCGUUAGGUACUGUAAACAACACGCUGAUGGGACGUGGGUUGUGGUCGAUGUAUCCUUAGAUAGUUUGCGCUCUUCUUCGAUAUCAAGAUGUAGAAGAAGGCCCUCUGGCUGUUUGAUUCAAGAACUGCCCAAUGGCUAUUCCAAGGUAACUUGGGUUGAACAUGUUGAAGUUGAUACCGGGGCCGUUCAUGAUAUUUAUAAGGUACUAGUUAACUCUGGUCUAGCAUUUGGUGCAAAAAGAUGGGUAGCAACUUUAGAUAGACAAUGCGAACGGCUUGCAAGCGCGAUGGCUAGCAAUAUUCCUGCAGGAGAUGUUGGAGUUAUAAGCAAUCCAGAAGGGAGAAAGAGUAUGCUGAAACUAGCUGAGAGAAUGGUUUUGGGUUUCUGCACUGGGGUUGGUGCUUCUACUGCCCAUACAUGGACGACUUUGUCGGGUAGUGGGGCAGAUGAUGUUCGGGUAAUGACCCGAAAGACUACAGAUGACGCAGGCAGGCCUGCUGGUAUUGUGCUAUGUGCUGCAACUUCAUUUUGGUUACCAGUUCCUCCUAAACAGGUUUUUAAUUUUCUUCGGGACGAGAAUUCUAGGAUCGAGUGGGACAUCCUUUCAAAUUGUGGUCUUGUUCAAAAAAUAGUACACAUUGCCAAUGGUCGUGAUCCGGGCAACUAUGUUUCCCUUCUGCGCAUUAACAGUGCAAAUUCAAGCCAGAGCCACAUGCUUAUAUUACAAGAGAGUUCGUGCGAUUCUACAGGUGCAUAUGUUAUAUAUGCCCCAGUAGAUAUUGCGUCGAUGAAUGUUGCAUUAAGUGGGGCUGAUCCUGAUUGUUUCGCCUUGCUACCAUCUGGUUUUGCGAUACUUCCUGAUGGACCUGGACAGUAUGAAGGAGGAGAUCUUGACGUUGGAACUGGUGGAUCGUUACUCACCAUCGCAUUCCAGAUUUUAGUUGAUUCAGUUCCUACAUCAAAACUAUCUCUAGGAUCAGUGGCAACAGUUAAUACUCUUAUUAAGUGCACAGCUGAAAGGAUCAAAGCUGCAGCAGCUUCUCAUAAUCUAUAAAUAAAAUUAGAGGUGUUUUAUAUGUGGCACAAAGGGAAGAGGGAGAAAGACUUAAUUAGGCAGGUGAUGCUAUUCUCUUUAUCUUGCGAAACAGAUGGAAGAAGUCAAGAACGCACCUUGAACGAUCCCUGUGCAUCCGGGGAUGGCGGGUUAAUCUGAUGCAAUAUCAAGAAAGCAUUUUUAUCGUUCAUCGAAGGUUAUAGGUUCGGGUAUUGACUUUGCCUAUCUUAAAGAUUAGAGAGUAAACAUAGACCUUGUCAAGUAAGUUCUAGUUAAAUCUCCAAAAACUUUGUUUUGCUUUAGGAUUUCAUUAGGGUUUUCUGGUUAUAUGUGUUUUGAACUAGAAUACAACCGGUAGCCUGCAGGAAGCUACCGGCAACUCCUUUUAAUUUCAUCGUAGCUUUUUUUGAUCGGUGUUGCGCUUGGCUUGAUCCUUAUCUUAGGAAAUAAAUUAAUUUCAGGUUAUUACUU